CCGGGUAGGUCCAAGUGGUGAGGAGUGGGACCUUUGUCGUGCACCUGACACCACCAUGGUAGACACCCGGGGCGGCACCUCCACCAUGCCGUACACAAAGGAGGAGGAGGCGAAGAUGGCCGCCAUCUUGCAGGAGAGGAAGGAGAAGAAGGAGGCCAAGAAGAAGGCCUUGAAGGAGGAGCAGGCGGCCAAAUUGAAGAAGAUAGAGGAAGAGAUGGCCAGAGAGAAGGAGAGAACAAAGAAAGAAGAAGAGGAUAAGCUGAAAGAGGUGGAAGAGGAAGAAGAUGAGGGACCGCCACUAGAAAGAAGGAGAGGGCACCACAGUGGCAACAGGGAUGAUGAGAUGGAGAAACGGAUUUCAGAGUGGGUUGCUAACUUGUCCUCGGGAGAGGAGGAAGAAGUGACUAUGUUUAUCCCUAAAGAUGACCAGGAAGCCGCCCUGAAGAAAUGGGAAGCAGAAAGGGAUGUGCUAAAGCGACAGGCGAUGGAGGAUGAACAGAGGAUGGAGUGGAAACUCGCGAUGAUGAGAGAGAAGAAGAGAAGGGUGGAGGCGGCGAGUGAGGCGGUCRAGGAAUUAGAAGAAGUGCAGAAACUAAGCCUAAAGUUGACCCCUCAGGUAGACCUCGAACGAAAGGUAGAGAUCCUUGCCCAGAGCGUUGAGCGGUUAGCRAAGAUACAAGAGCAGCAGUACGAAUUUAGYYGAAGCCAGGACAUAGCUGUGCGCUCGAUGCGAAUGGGAUUCYGGGACUUUGCGCGCRAACUGAUAGGAGYSGUAGGAGCCRAGGUGAAUCAUCRCCUCGAGAAGACARAGCGUUUCUGCGUCGGCGSCAUUGAAGGCGUCAAAGUGGCCGCUCCCAAGGAGGAGGAACCACGCCCGCCGCGUAGAGAGCCAGUCAAGGUCAAAUUCCCUGAUUCCUAUAGUGGGAAAAGGGAAGAGAACUUUGACAAUUGGGAAGCCAACGUUAAGACCUAUGUGCAUCUGCAACAGGUCUCCCUAGAUCAGCAUGUCCUGAUCGCGAUCCACGCGCUUAAAGAUGAGGCCGCCAGUUUUGCAAGGUCCCUAGUGCGCGUCGCUAACUGCAAUGACGAUCCAGUUGCCUAUUCGUCCUUUACCUCCCUCACUGAGUUUAUGAGAUUGCUGCGCGAGCGAUUUGCAGAUGUCGCUCGAAGUGUCAAGGCCUCAGAUAGGCUCCAGACAAUCCACGCUCGCCACAUCUUAGACGGAGACGGCGUUAAGCCAGAGGAUAGCAAGAUCGCAGCGAUUACAGAUUGGCCCACGCCACGUACGCUGACAGAGUUGCGCUCGUUCCUGGGCUUAGCUAAUGACUACCGGAAGUUCGUAAGGAACUUCUCCACCAUCGUUGCGCCCCUUCGCAGAUUGUUGAGAAAGGAAACUAUCUGGAAGUGGGAUAAGGACUGCACAUCUGCCAUGAAAAAGUUAAAGCAGACAUUGAUAGAGUAUCCAGUCCUUAAAGUCGCCGACCCGUCCUUGACCUUUGUCGUCACAACUGAUGCGAGUCAAUACGCCAUAGGCGCAGUGUUACAGCAAGACGAUGGCAAUGGCUAUAGGCCCGUAGAGUUCAUGUCUGCCAGAAUGCCUUCAGAGAAGGUCGCGACAUCUACCUAUGAGAGGGAACUCUACGCUCUCAGGCAAGCCUUAGACCACUUGAAGCACUACUUGCUUGGGAGGCACUUCAAAGUCUAUUCAAAUCAUGAAACGUUACGAUGGUUAAAGACGCAGGCCAAGAUGACACCUAAGCUUACCAGGUGGGCCGCAGAAAUAGAUCAGUACGACUUCGAGCUCAAGCCUGUUAAAGGGAAGUACAACGUAGUCGCGGAUGCUCUGAGUAGGAGGGCAGAUUACUUCAGGGCAACAGUGCACUACCUCGAUAUAGGGAAGGACCUGCAACAGAAGGUUAGAGAGGCCUAUGCGCAGGACCCUAUCUAUAGUGAGCUCCUUAAGAAGGUCAAGGAGGCCCCAGAGACUGAACCGAACUACCGCACAACUGAAGGGCUUCUCUUUGAGAAGACUAAUGUAUUUGACCGCCUGUGCAUUCCCAAUAGCGAAGAGAUUCGUAGUCUGAUUUUGGGCGAAUGCCAUGACACAGAGGGUCAUUUUGGUUGGCAAAAGACCUUAGCCAAUCUGAUGCGCGCGUAUACCUGCCCCGGGAUGAAGAAUGACUGUGUAGAGUAUGUUCGCACUUGUAAGGGGCAGUGUCCAUUUGCGGCUUCCAUUCUGCUACAGAUGCCAUAAUGGAGGACGAGGGUGUCAAUAAGUCUCUCAAAAGAGGUCCAUACUUCCUCACACUUCUGGGACGAACACUCCUCUUCCCUCUCCUCACCCCCUCAAGAGCAACACUCAGAAGCUUCUCUCUUCUCUCUUUCUCUCUCGUUUGCGAUCGUGUAAACGCAAACAUUUAACGAACCCAAUGAAAGAAACAACUUGAAAGCAAUUAGAAGAGAAGGUAGAACUCCUAGUCGGAGCGGCAAUUCAUUUGGGAUGGAAAGCAGUCAAGACAAAAAAAUAAAGAUCAGAGAGAUUUGAUUCCACCACACAGUCUAGUCCGACUACGUAUGAGGUCCUCUCAAGCCUAGCCGGACUUUGCUCCGUGAAGACACAACAAAUCAAAUUCAAAGUG